AAAAUAAAUUUUGAGAUUGAAUUGAAGCUUCCUAGGCCCGCCCUAGCCGUCGAUAACCCUCUCCUCCUUCCUUCUCAGCUUCAAACGGAUUCUAGGGUUUCUGCAAAAAAACCAGUCUCUGGUUGAAACAACUGCCUCAUCAAUUUCCCAUUCCUUCAAUCAAGCUCAGCAAUGGCUAAAGGGAAACCCAAGAAAUCUUCCAAGACCCCUCAAAACGACGCCGUAUCACCCCCUGCCGGUAUUUUCAGCACGCUAUUUGGCAACGCGGCGGAAGAGAGCGCCGGCACCGCCGCUUCUCUGUUUUCCGAUAACAACCCCUUUCGGAGAAAGCCUCAGCAACCUGCUCCUGUUUCUGAUGAAAUCAAUCACACUCAGAGCCCCAUCAACGACGGCGAAGAGAAGAAGAGGAAGAGGAAAAAGGAGAAAACCCCCGCCGUUGAUUCCGAUAUUGUGAUGGAAGCUUCGGAGAAGUCGGAGAAGAAGAGGAAACAUGGCUCUGAUGAAAGGGUAAGGGUAAGGGAAAGGGAAGAUCUUGAUUUGGAGGUGAAAGCCAUUGGGGAGGGAGAAGAGGGGGAGAGGAAGAACAAGAGGAAGAGAGAGGAGCUUGAGAAAGAGUGGGAGGAGAAGAAGUAUGGGAUAGUGGAGGGUGGAGAGGGAGGUGAAGGGGAAGGGCAUGGGAAGAAAACUGUUGGAAGCAAGAGGAAGGUGUUGGAUAAUCCAGCUGAUAUGUUGGUUUCAAAGGAAGGUUUUGAUGAUGAGGAUAAGCUUUUGAGGACCAUUUUUGUUGGGAAUUUGCCUCUCAAGGUGAAAAAGAAGACUUUGAUGACUGAGUUUAAGAAAUUUGGUGAGGUGGAAUCUGUCAGGAUUCGCUCUGUUCCAUUACAAGAUACCAAAAAACCUAGAAAGGGAGCUAUACUCGCGAAGAAAAUUGAUGAAUCCGCUGAUAGCGUUAAUGCAUAUAUUGUUUUCAAAGAUGAACAAGCUGCUCAGGCUUCUUUGUCCCACAACAUGACUGUGGUUGAAGGAAACCACAUUCGUGUUGAUAGGGCAUGCCCACCUCGCAAGAAACUUAAAAGUGAGAGUGCUACACUUUAUGAUAAUAAGAGAACUGUUUUUGUGGGCAACCUCCCAUUUGAUGUGAAGGAUGAAGAACUUUAUCAGUUAUUUUGUGGUAUACACAACCUAUCUUCAAGUAUAGAAGCUGUUAGAGUGGUUCGUGAUCCUCAUCUUAAUGUUGGAAAGGGUAUUGCCUAUGUCCUCUUUAAAACAAGGGAAGCUGCUAAUUUUGCUGUUAAAAGACGGUACUUGAAGCUUCGAGACCGGGAGUUGAGACUUAGUCAUGCCAAAGCAGAUGCUACCCCAUCUAAAAGGCUGAAUACCCCAUCUAAAAGGCUGGAGACCCCAUCUAAAAGGCCGAACUCAUCACCAGCACAAGCUCCUAGUACGCCUGCGAAGAAGCCUGUGGCUUCAAGGUCUCCUUCAAUCAGUAUUACCAAGCCAGACAAGAAACCAUCUUAUCAGGGUCUGCGUGCAACCAAGCCAACAGCCCACAAGAAAACUCCUGGAGGAGAGAAACCAAAAGUGCGCAAGACGAAAAGACCAUCAGUAGCUGCCAGAAGGGCUAAACCAAAUUUUGCGAAGGAGGAUGGUCCACCUAAACAAGCAGGGACGAAACGCAAGCUUGAUAGUCGUACUCCAGACAGCUCCCUACGAGCUAAGAAAAAGAACAAGUAGCUUGUUUCUAAUGGUAUCAGGGGUUAGAUUAUCUCUUAUUGAAAUUCAUAGCUCAAAAAGAAUUUAUCUACACUGAUGAUUUUAAGGUAGUGGGAGAUUUCACCAAUCUUCUCAGUUCAUAACCUCACUGUGGACUUAAAGGUGCAACCAAGAGUUCAGAAAUCAGUAGACAGAUGGAUGCAAAUGUACUCUUUACAUUUUAAUUUUCUUUUACAUUAUAGAAUUAUUGCCCUCGUCAGUUUAUUUUAAAUUUGAUGUGUAACAUUAGCUCAUUUUAUAUAAAUAUGGGUGUGUUAAUAUUUAAA